AUGCCAGGUUUCUUGUUGAUCACCAGAGCUCAGCUGUCUCGGGCUGGACUCAACUCAGCUGGUCCGAGGGCUCCGGAUCGAGUCCCGCUCCCGAUGGUGUCGGCGACCGCUCGCUCCAUUGUUGCCGUCGUCCUUCUCUUUGCGCUGGCUGCCGAGGGCAAGGUCGAGAGCAAGUUCUGGGGAUUUCUUGACGACGUGGCGGGGGAGGGGAAGGAGAAGAGCGACGUCACUACCGUGGCAGAGAUACUCGAGCACGGCGGCAGCAUUUCAGUCGAGGACUGCGGCACGAAGACGGACGUGAUGCACGCUUCGCGCUCCCAGUUCUACAGGAGCCGCCUGCAGGUGCGCGUCUACGGUAACCUUUCGCGCAGCGUCUCGGGAGGGACCAUCGGCGUGAAGAUUUACAGAAACUCCGCUGCCGAGGGGUCGUCGACGGGAGACUGGAUGAAGCGCGAGCUCGCAUGGCACAGCGUCCCCCAUAGUUACGAGGAGGACUUGUGCAAGCACUUCGGCAAGAGCCACAGCCAGCGUGGAUGCCCCCUCCUCUCUGGCACGACCGAGCUCCGCUUCGCCAUUGACAAGCUGCCGCCAAUGGUGGUCGCGGGCUCGUACAGGUUGAAGAUAAAGGCUGUCGAUACUUCCGCCAGGCAGGUGGCCUGCGUGCGGGCACAUGUGGAUAUCCCGCGCGGCAAGAGCGGCGAGGUAUUCCGCAGGGUCCAAGCAGUGAGCGCCACCCGUCGUGGGCGUGCUCUGGAGCUCGUCACCAGGGCUUGCUCUUGUGACUUAUCGGACCCGGUGUGCGGCGACGAUGGCAACACCUACGAGAGCAUGUGCCAAGCCCACUGCGCAAGAGCUGAUGUAGCGUAUCCGGGCAAAUGUGGAGAUCAGGUAGCAACCUUUGGCGGGAGAGCGGUGUCGGGCGCCACGGGCUUCGGCCGCGCGGGCAAAGACAAACAGAGCUUUCUCUCCGAGGCGGCGGCCCACGACGGCCCAGGCUGGAGCCGCAGGCUGGAGCCAGAGGCGACGACCACGGACACCGCGGAGGCGACGCUCUACAUGGGACCACUGGGAACGCAGUGCAGCGAGGACCAGCUCAUUCUGUCACCGCAGAUGUGCGAGCUGGCGUUGAUGCGACUUGGUACGCCUCAAGUAAGAAUUCUGUGGUACUAUGAUCUGAACAUUCCUCGGGGAUGUUCAUACCGGCCAGGCGCAGAUACAUGCAGUCACGAGUGGUGCAUUUCACAACCGCACUCGCCGCAUUUCAGCAGAGCUGCCAGUGGACAAGGGCGCGAGGAUCUUCAGCCAGUUUGCGGCUCAUUCACGAUCACGACAGAGAGUUCCUGGUUCCAUUAUGAUGCUGGGUUGGGGCCGUGCGCUGGAGUCGAUACUUCUCAUACUUCGUAUGGCAGUCUGCCUCAACUGCGCAACCAUGAUGUCACUGGAUGCAAGUAUGCUUGUGAGAUCAAUCCUGAGUGCAAUAGCUUCAAGUACCUACAACGGGUGGACGACUCGAACGACACAUCUUGUUUUCUCAAGUGGUAUGACGCGACUCAGUCGUUCGAUAAUUGCGCAGACUCUCCAUGCGAACAGUGGUCUUGGGAUUCCUAUGAUGCUUACUGGUACUUCAACGGAUGUAUGCAGCCAUCGCCGACGCCAGCACCACCACCGACUCCCCCUCCAACGCCGUGCGUUGACACUUCGGAUGGAGCGGUUGGGCCAACUCUGUUCAACCCAGAGCCAGACAUGGAGCCUCCCAACCUGACCGUUGAUUGCGAGUUAUGGGUGAUGGUUGUGGCGGAGGCUGGCAGUGCUGUGUGCGAGUACUCCUUCGCUUAUGACGAUUCCGAUUUCACAACCACGGAAAUGUGCUGUGCAUGCGGGGGUGGUUCAGAUCCGAGCGUUUCAACCAUGGCGACAACAACGUUGCUCGGACCCUUGGUCAGCAUGCCCGAGCCCGAGCCCGAGAUGGAGCGAACGACGACCCUGAAGGACUCCGACUUGGACGUGCCGGAGCCAGAGCCGGAGCCCGAGAUGUGGUGGACGACGACCCAUAAGGAUUGGCAUUGGGACAUGCCAGAGCCAGAGCCCGAGCCCUGGACGACGACGCAAUGGGAUUGGGACGAUACGGACGAUUGGGACGACAUGGACGAUUGCUGGUGCGACGACAUUGCGUGGCCAGUCUGCGGAAAUGAUGGCACAACUUACAGCAGUUCAUGCUAUGCCGAUUGUCUUGGCGGUGGCGUUUGGAUGGACGGGGAGUGCGAUUGCAUCGACUGCACGGUAGUCGACGCGGCUCAAAUCCCCACAUUCACCCUCACGUUCCUCAUGUGUUUGUUGGCGCUACUACUGUAA